AUGGUUUACCUCAGGUCCUCGCUCCUGGCCCUUUUGGCCCUGCCCAUCUCCGGCGUCUUCGCUGCCGAGGCGGCCCCUGUCGACACCGACGCUGUUCCCCCGACCCUCAAGGCUGACAUCGAGACCACCUUCCCCGAUGCUGACAUCUUUGGUGUGAAGAUCGUCAAUGGCCACCCCACCAAGGCCUUGAUCGAGUUCACCAACAAUGAGGAUGCGCCGAUUCAGGUCGCCAUGGUUGGCGGCACCCUGUCUUCCACUCAGGAGCUUCCCGAGGACUCCCUUCCCAGUGACAGCAUCAUCCGCAACCUGACGGCUGCCCGCUACGACCUGACCAUCGAGGCUGGCGACAAGAAGGCUGUUCCAUACUCCUUUGCUCUCGACGCCAACCCCCAGGAUGUUCUCCUCCAGCUUAUUGCUGUCGUGAGCAACUCCAAGGGCGAUAUCUUCCAGGUCCAGGCUUACAACUCCACCGCCGCCAUUGUCGAGCCCCCUACCAGCAUCUUUGACCCUCAGAUCAUCUUCCUCUACCUCUUCCUGUCUGGUGCCUUCGCUGGUACUCUGUACUUUGUCUACAAGACCUGGAUCGAAGCCCUCUUCCCCCAGGCUAAGAAGGCCAAGUCUUCCAAGAAGGCGCGCACUGUUAGUGUCACCGUGCCUCUGGCUGAGGCUGACACCACUGGUGUUGCCUCCUCGACUGGCAAGAGCUACGACGAGAGCUGGAUCCCCGACCACCACAUCAACCGCCCUGUUGCCAAGCGCGUCAAGAGCGGUGCCAGUGGCAAGCUCAAGAAGGGCGAGUAG